GUGGGAGACAUGAUUGACGCGGCCGCCAUUUUGCUGGCCGCGCUUCCAUUGUGUGCGAGAUCGUAAAUAUCUGACACUGCAACAACACGCUCGACACCCUGCGAUAAAACGCCGCUUUAAUUUACCCUGGGUGAUACUCGGUGGUCAUGGCUCGUACCAAGCAAACUGCCCGUAAGUCCACAGGAGGAAAGGCUCCUCGUAAGCAGCUGGCCACCAAGGCCGCUCGCAAGAGCGCCCCCUCAACUGGUGGCGUCAAAAAGCCCCAUCGUUACAGGCCUGGUACCGUGGCUCUGAGAGAGAUUCGUCGGUAUCAGAAGUCGACGGAGCUGCUGAUCCGCAAGCUGCCCUUUCAGCGCCUGGUCAGGGAGAUUGCUCAGGACUUCAAGACUGACUUGCGUUUUCAGAGCGCCGCUAUUGGUGCUCUGCAGGAGGCCAGUGAGGCAUACCUGGUGGGCCUAUUUGAGGACACCAACCUGUGCGCCAUCCACGCCAAGCGGGUCACCAUCAUGCCCAAGGACAUCCAGCUGGCCCGCCGAAUCCGCGGAGAGCGUGCUUAGAAAGCAUUUUUCACCUUUGUCCCUUUUAUUUCUUUCUUUGCCUUGCCUCACCCCCUCCCAUCUACCCAGCUUCUCUGUAGACUUUUAAGAGGUAGAAUUACGUUGAUGUUUGGUCUCUGCGGUUUCUUUGUCUUCACCAAAUGUUUCAGGCAAACUUUUUUUGUGCACGUACAAGGUGUUGCAGAUCAGGCAAACAUAGGCACGCACGUUCAACCAUGCUGGGUUUGAGAGGGGCGUAUCCAGACACCAGUCACACCUUUGGGUCCAUGUUGGACUCCUGGGCUGCGGAUGGGGUGAGAAGAGGGGCUAGUCUGCUUAAGGGGAGCUGCAACUUCCACAGCAGGGUGCUAUUAAAACUAGUCUGACACUUCUGCACCGUCUGACUUGACACACAUCUCGUCUGUCGCAACCUCUCCUCUCAUUGCGCGCCAGCAGCUAGACGACUCGCUCCACCUUCUCAAAGCACAUCUCUGCCUCGGGAGUGUGUGCGGGCAGUCGGUUUGCGUGCAUGUGUGAACUCUGAUCUUCUCAACCAGCUGUAAUCGACAAGCAAAAAAAUCUUCAUGGGAUUAUUGUGGAAAUGGUGUCUAUUUUUGUUUUACUUGUCAAAAUCACAAAUCAACCCAUCCUUUUCCACUUAUGGAAUUGAAGCAUGAAAAAAAAUGUUGUUGAAGUCUUUUCUUUUUCUUUUUUUUUUGUAAACAGUAACAUGAAUUGAAAAUCUGAAAGGGCUUCUGUCCAACAUUGAGCCGUAUUUUUAAUUGCAGGCACAAAGGGGUGACAUUUUACCAGCAGUCUUUGCCUGUUGGGGAACAAACCUUGUUUUCUUUGGUGUCAUUUGGUUUUAUUCCGCAACAUAAUUUAACAGGACAUACAGCUGAGGUUGUCAUUUCUCACGUCUCUAAUUCUCUGUACUUUCUCCAAAUUUGUAAGACAUACUUUAACCUUAUUGCUUUAUUUUAUAUUUUUUUUGGUAAAGGCUCAAGAUUUUCAAAUGUAUGAAUAAGCUGAUCUUUGUAUUUUCCAAAUUACGGUUGCAUUAAAUAGAUGUUAAAAAGAAAUCAA